AACAUUGAUGUGUCUAUGUCUGCACAAUACAAAUGGAGAUGGGGAGAAGUAUUAUAAAGCUUCCAUAAGGGCAAGCUACGUGUAUACCUUUCCAUAGUUAAGUGUUCUGGGUACUCAGAAGACAAAGCCUAAAGAGAGUUUGACUUCUGUAAAAAGGCAUUUUCAUUUGCUGAUCUGGACUUGUACUUAGCAGAGUGAAAGGAAAUUGCUCAGAAGGUUAUCUUCAUAAAUACGGAAUUUUUAAAUGCCCUCCAGAAGUAGCAGUACAGAAAAGCCAUCCAAGUCAAGAGAUUGUCAACAAAUCCUAAGUGACACCUAUAUGGAAAACACAGGAAGAAUCAAAAUGAAGAGGACACAAACAGAAAAAUCGUUUUCUGCAGAAAGUGAUACCAUCUUAAGAAGCCCAAAUUUAGACAAGAAACAGAGAAACUAUUCAAAGAAGGGUGAAGAUCUUUCACGGGAUGAUCUUUUAUUUCUUCUGAGUGUGCUUGAGGGUGAAUUACAGGCCCAAGAUGAAGUCAUUGGAGUUUUAAAGGCUGAAAAAAUCAACCUGGCUUUACUUGAAGCACAAUAUGGCUUUGUUACUCCAAAAAAGGUCCUUGAGGCUCUUCAGCGAGAUGCUAUACAAGCCAAGGCUACACUAUGGCAGGAGGAUAUCUAUGAAAAACCCAUGGGAGAGCUUGACAAAGUGAUUGAAAAGAAUAAGGAAACACAUAGGCGAAUGCUGGAGCAGCUCCUAAUGGUAGAAAAAUCUCACAGGCAAACCCUGUAUGACCUAGAAGAUGAGAAGAGGAAGCAUGCAGAGUACAUGGAGAAAAGCGAUGAAUUUACUAAUUUAUUGGAACAAGAGCAAGAAAGGUUGAAAAAGAUUAUUGAACAAGAAACUGCAUAUCAGGCAAAAAAAGAGAAAGAAAACAACAAGAAAAUAAACAAACUGAAGGAAGAGCUGACAAAACUCAAAUCCUUUGCUUUAAUGGUCGUGGAUGAACAACAGAGACUUACAGAACAGCUAAGCUUACAAAGCCAAAAAAUCCAGGACCUAACCCUCACUGCAGAACAAGCACAUGAGAAACUAUCAAUUGCAGAAACAAAAGCUCAGGAAGAGGAGCAGAAAGCUCUCAGGCUAGAAGAACAACUUCAAGCUCGAACCAGUAAGGCUUCCCAAGAACAAGAGGUUGUCAUGGCUAAAUUAACCAAUGAAGAGAGCCAGAAUCGCCAGUUGCGCUUAAAACUAACAGCUCUCAGUCGACAAAUUGAUGAGCUUGAGGAAACCAAUAAGUCUUUACGAAAGGCAGAAGAAGAACUGCAAGAUCUGAGAGAGAAAAUAAGUAGAGGGGAAUGUGGGAAUGCUUCCAUUAUGUCUGAAGUCGAGGAACUAAGGAAAAGAUUGCUUGAGAUGGAAGGAAAAGAUGAAGAACUCAUAAAAAUGGAAGACCAAUGCAGGGAGCUUCAUAAGAAGCUAGAAAAGGAAGCCUUACAGAGUAAAGCUUUUAAAGCUGAAGUUGAUAAGCUCAACAAGAGAAUUUUGGAACUUGAGAAACUAGAGGAUGCCUUCAGCAAGAGCAAGCAAGAAUGCUACUUGUUGAAAUCCAACCUCGAAAAAGAGAAAAUGUUAACAAAACAAUUGACACAGGAAUUAAAUGGUCUAAAAGUUCGUAUGGGAGAGCUUGAAGCCAUUGAAAGUAAAUUGGAAAAAACAGAGCUGACCCUUAAGGAAGAUUUGACUAAAUUGAAAUCAUUGACAGUGAUGCUGGUAGAUGAGAGGAAAACAAUGAAUGAAAAAAUAAAACAAACAGAAGAGAAACUACAGGCUUCAAAUUCACAACUUCAGCUGGAGCAAAAAAAGGUGAUGUCUGUCACAGAAAAACUGAUAGAGGAAAGCAAGAAAGCAUUAAAAUCUAAGACUGAUGCUGAGGAAAAAAUGUCCACUCUUGCAAGAGAAAGAGAUGAGCUAAAAAACAAACUAAAAGCAGAGGAAGAGAAAGGAAAUGAUCUCUCCUCCAAGAUGAAUCUGUUAAGGAAAAAGCUUCAGUCCCUAGAAGCCAUAGAAAAAGAGUUUCUUAAAAACAAACUUAAGGAAACAGCAAAACCUAGCCCAUCUUUACAGCAAGAAAACAACAAAAUUAAAGAACUGGCUCAAGAAAUUGAGAGACUCAAACACAAACUUAAAGAAAUGAAGGCCAUUGAAGAUGAUCUCAUGAAAACAGAAGAUGAAUUUGAAUCUUUAGAACGUAGAUAUGUUAACGAACAAGAAAAAGCCAGAUUUCUCUCAGAGGAACUUGAAGUUGUGAAAAGAGAACUGGCUCGGUAUAAAUUAGCAGAAAAAACGGAAUGCAAUCAGGAGCAGAGGUUAUUCCGAAAACUCAAGGAAGAAGCAGCCAAAUCUGGACAUCUUUCACGAGAAGUAGAUGCGCUGAAAGAAAAAAUUCAUGAAUACAUGGCAACAGAGGAUUUAAUAAGUCAUCUACGAGAAGACCACAGAAUCCUACAGAAGAAACUUACACACCAAGAAAAUAAAAACAAAGAAUUAGGAAGAGAAAUGGAAGUCCUUUCUAAAGAAUUGGAGAGGUACAGGAGAUUCAGUAAAAGCCUUAGACCAAGUCUCAAUGGAAGGAGAAUUUCUGAUCUGCAGGUUGUCUCUAAGGAAGUACAGACAGAACCGCUAGAUAAUGAACCACCAGACUACAAAAGCUUAGUUCCUUUGGAGCGGGCUGUCAUAAAUGGACAUUUAUAUGAAGAGAGCGAUAAUGAAGACGAUGACAAUGAUGAUGAACAGACCGUCUCCUUCAAAUGCACUUCCUCUGUUGCAAAUGCAGUAAAUAAUAGUAAACUUUGGAUACCUUGGAUGAAAUCAAAAGAAGGUCAUAUACAAAAUGGGAAAGUCCAUGCCAAACAAAAUGGAAACUGCGUUCAGCCUGGAAACCUAGUUCUGAGUCACACACCAGGCCAGCCUCUUCAUAUAAAGGUUACUCCUGACCAUGGACAAAACACAGCCACCCUUGAAAUAACAAGCCCUACUACUGAGAGCUCUCACUCUUUUACUAGUACAGCUGUGAUACCCAACUGUGGCACACCUAAGCAAAGGAUAACCAUAAUUCAAAAUGGAUCUUUAACUCCUGUAAAAACUAAAUCAGCUGAUGGUCACUUGAGUCCUGAGCAAACCCUCUUGCCUCUUACUAUGGCUGCUUUUGCUAGGUCUCAAACUCCUGAAUCACCUGUAACACCUGAAAGGACAAUGUCCCCUUUCGCUCUGACAAGCUCUUCAAGUUCCCCUGAGCAUUUACUUUCACCAGAACCUCUGGAAAUCGGCGACAAGCAUGCUGUCUUUAGAGUAUCUCCUGAACGGCAGUCCUCUUGGCAGUUUCAAAGAUCGAACAGUUCCAGUUCUAGUGUGAUAACUACUGAGGAUAAUAAAAUACAUAUUCAUUUAGGGAGCCCUUAUGUUCAAACUAUUCCGAAUGCAACGAAAACCAUCAGCCCUUGCACCCCACUGCAAGAUAACAGAACUCCAGCAUUAACUAAUGGGACACAAAAUAAACCUAUCAACAAAAUCACCAGCAGCAUCACUAUUACACCAACAGCCACUCCACUCCCACGACAGGCACAGAUUACAAUUGCGGAUGUCUUCCGACAAGCAAUUCCUCCUCGGAUCCCUAAACCAACCACAGUUCCAGAGAAAGGACCCAAUGGACAACUCAAGACACCAGUUCUAGACAGUAAAGAUGGCCAGUCAAACAUCGUCAAAAUCAUUCCCGAUGUUGUCAUUCCUAAUGGUGGGAAAAGAUAGACUGUCUGAUGUCUAAGUAUUGAACAAUAU